AUGGCUUCAGUCGCUCGUCUCAGCAACGCUGCCCUCCGGGCUUCCCUCCGUUCUUCUCCCGUCAAUGGCUCUGCCUUCAACGCCAUUCGAUGCUACUCCGCCAAGACCCAGACCUUGAAGGAGCGAUUCGCCGAGCUUCUGCCCGAGAAGAUUGAGCAGGUCAAGGCCCUCCGAAAGGAGCAUGGUUCCAAGGUUAUUGACAAGGUCACUCUUGACCAGGUCUACGGUGGUGCCCGUGGCAUCAAGGCCCUCGUUUGGGAGGGUUCCGUCCUCGACUCUGAGGAGGGUAUCCGAUUCCGUGGCAAGACCAUCCCCGAGUGCCAGGAGCUUCUCCCCAAGGCUCCCGGUGGCAAGGAGCCCCUUCCUGAGGGUCUCUUCUGGCUUCUCCUGACCGGUGAGGUCCCUACUGAGCAGCAGGUCCGCGACCUCUCCGCUGAGUGGGCUGCCCGCUCCGAUCUCCCCAAGUUCGUCGAGGAGCUCAUCGACCACUGCCCUACCGACCUCCACCCCAUGGCUCAGUUCUCCCUGGCCGUUACUGCUCUCGAGCACACCUCCAGCUUCGCCAAGGCCUACGCCAAGGGUAUCAACAAGAAGGAGUACUGGGGCUACACCUUUGAGGACUCCAUGGACCUCAUUGCUAAGCUCCCCAACAUCGCUUCUCGUAUCUACCAGAACGUCUUCAAGGGCGGAAAGGUUGCUCCCAUCCAGAAGGACAAGGAUUACUCCUUCAACUUCGCCAACCAGCUUGGCUUCGCCGACAACGCCGACUUCGUCGAGCUCAUGCGUCUUUACCUGACCAUCCACACCGACCACGAGGGUGGCAACGUUUCUGCCCAUACCACUCACCUUGUCGGCUCUGCUCUCAGCUCCCCCUUCCUCUCUCUCGCCGCUGGUCUUAACGGUCUUGCCGGUCCCCUCCACGGUCUUGCCAACCAGGAGGUCCUUAACUGGCUCACCGAGUUCAAGAAGUCUGUUGGCGAUGACCUUAGCGACAAGGCCAUCACUGACUACCUCUGGUCCACCCUCAACGCCGGCCGUGUCGUCCCCGGUUACGGUCACGCCGUUCUCCGAAAGACCGACCCCCGUUACAUGGCUCAGCGCACUUUCGCUCAAGAGAAGAUGCCCAACGACCCCAUGUUCAAGCUCGUCUCUCAGGUCUACAAGAUCGCCCCUGGUGUCCUCACCGAGCACGGCAAGACCAAGAACCCCUACCCCAACGUUGACGCCCACUCCGGUGUCCUCCUCCAGUACUACGGUCUCACUGAGGCUAACUACUACACCGUCCUCUUCGGUGUCUCUCGUGCCAUUGGUGUCCUUCCCCAGCUCAUCAUUGACCGCGCUCUCGGUGCCCCCAUCGAGCGACCCAAGUCUUUCUCCACUGACAAGUGGGCUGAGCUCGUCAAGAAGCUGUAA